AUGUCUGUAUUUGAGCCUGCAGUUGUCAAGAGCCUCAUCAAGAACUUGCUUCCUCAAAAUGAAAAGGCUGUAUUUGAGAAUAAAUGGAAAACAGUGUUUGAAUGGGCUGCAAAUGUAGUCGAAUAUGUUGACUAUAUCUACAAGGCAACAAAAGUCCAUGGAAAUAAGAAAUUAGCAAGCACUACAGCCCCACAAAACGUGAAGAUAGAUAUACCAUUAUAUGGUCCUCAAUUCAUCCCUCCCACUUAUUUCCACCUGGAAAAGCAUCAAUUCCAGCCAACCAUCAAGCCAGAAUUAACAUACCUCAAACCGCUUAAUAUCACUCAUCUGUUUUUUCAUGAGAACCUUGAAAAGUGUCCAGCAUGUGGGGUGACUGAUGGUGUGGCUUGGAGUGGCUGGACAUCAACGGGGCCAAGAGAUUUGCAUGGGCUCCAAGUUGAGGAGACAGCGGCGCUUGGAUAUCAACUGCAUUGUCAGGUGUGUAAAGAGCAAGCUGCUGAUGGGACUGGCUUCUAUAAAGGCAAUAGAAAUUGUAACACUGGCUAUUGUUUUGCUACAACUAGCUAUGUGUACUGGGAGAAGUGGGAGUUCUGGGAAAUACCGUACCUGUAUGACUUGAUAUUCGGACUUCGUCCAUCAACUACAUCAGGAGGACUUUCUGAGCAUAUUAAGUACAUCUACCUUGCAUCCAUUGAACACAGCCAGCAAGCAGAGGGAAGGCAGUAUAUACAAACUCUCACAGGUGCUUGCUUAUCCCUUGAUAACAUGUUCAAGUCUGCGAGUAAAGCGACCGUGGCUGAUACAAGUGGGGGUAGAAUAAACAUGAAGCUGAUGAAAGGAGGACUCCUCAGUAUUAUAAACAAGCAAAACGAGAUUGUAAGCUGGAGACUCUGCCUGUCUCAAGCCAGUGCCAAAAUUCAAGAAACAUUAGAUGGUCUGAAGCUUCGGUAUAAGAAGUUAGGUGCUGACCUACCAGAGAUGAUUGUGGCAGACCACUGCUGCCAUGUUCAGGCAGCUAUAAAUGUGUCCAUGCCUGGCACACAGGUUGUUCUCGAUGUUUUCCACUUUAUAAUGAGGAAAGGAGGAGUCUGGUCAGCGGCUGCCACAAAGGUUCACGCUGAUCAACUGGCCCAUGUGAAGAAAGGUUGCCUGUCAAGAACUCAUCAAGACCUUCAAUCUGAUGGCAGCCAUAUUGAAGGGUUGCAUAAGGGCUGGAACUCUCUUAUGCGUUCAUUCCUGAGUGACAUAGAGAUGUUCACAGCCCUAGGCCAUGACUUUGUCCAUCGCUGUAAUAUUUGCAUCAGCAUCAACUCAGGAAACGCAACUCCCUUCAUCAAGUCUACCUAUAGAAGCCACCACCUUCAGCUCAUUAGCAGCAUAGCCAGCCAAUGGAAUACAUUGCAUCACAUGCCUAUGGCCAGUUCUCCCCACCAUUGA